CUUGGUUCAGCCUCCUGCUGUCAGAACGGAGGAACCAGGACAGUCCAACUCAGACUGGAGACGACAAGAGAGCAGAGACGAAGGAAACUGUUUUCGCUGUCGAUGAGCCGGCGUGAAGAGUGGGGGCGAGCGACAUUGAAUAACACAAACGGAGAGAGAGAGCAGCUGGAAGGACGGAGAGCUUUAGUGAAAAAGAGGAAGGACGGAGCAUGAAGAAGCAGCUGAGGAUCUGAAAACUGGUUGCCAUGGGGAACACAGACAGUCACAGCAGCUUCACCUCUCACGUCAAACCCUGCGGCUCUUCCAGGUUUUCUACCAAGAAGGAAGAGGUACCCUCUGCCCGCAGCUGGUGGAGGAGCAGCCAAAGCAGCGGGAGGAGCCGGGGUCAGGGCUGCCUGAGCCAGCAUGGCUCCUGGCAUUAUGAGUCUGCACCCAAAGGAGCCAGAGGCGGCGCCAAGCAGAGCGCAGGCUCCCCACAAAGGUUCAACCAGGGUGAUCGGUCGCAGGGCGGCCGCAGGAGUCCAUUUGGAUUCCAGGGGACUGAUGGUGAUCAGGCGUCCCUGCAGUGUGGUGGUAGUCCCAAGGUUCUGCUCAGCAAAGAUGGCAGCAUGAGGGUGGAGUUCACUAAUGCCAGGGUGGUUCCUGUUGAGUCACAGGGGCCACCUCCCACCAACAUUAUCUCAGAGUCAUCCCACCGCACCAGCAAAGGCAGCUCGUUCAGUUCUGAGGGGUCUUGGUAUGACUCACCAUGGGGCGCCACCAGUGAGCUGACUGACAAUGUGUUUGUUAGCUCAGGGCAGAGUGUCGACACCAGCAGCGGCUACAACACAUGCUCUUCCACUCAGGUGGAGGACAUCUCACCUGGAUUUAGAUCUGCCCUCCUGUUCCCUGCGGCAGAGAACACCAACGGCCACAACAGCUGCUCCUCCGGUCGCACAGAGGACAGCGGCAUCGGGGACUCUGUGAUCCUUCAGCCGGACCUCCAAGACCUCAGCCUGGUUUCACCCUCUGACUUCCACAGCAAACACAACAUGCUUCCAGCCUUUCCCACUUCAUCUGACUCCUUCCUGCAGAAGCAGCCAGCAACCACCACCACCACAUCCUCCUCUUCCUCAGUGAUGGAUGAAGUCAUCCAGGAAGAGGAGGCAUCCGUUGGCUUCUUAGAGGCGCGGUACUACUCGCGCACGUUGCCCGCCCGCAAAGCUGAACCUGGGAUCGCCGCCUUCUCUGGGAACAACCGGAAAGACUUCCUGAAGAGUCGAAUCAGACAGCUGAGCGACUGGACGGGGAGUUUGAGCCGGAAGAAGAGGAGGAUCCAGGAGCCGCACAGCAGCGAAACUUCUGACAUCAUUAGCACACUGAAAGUUAGUGGUCCUUGGUCUUCCAACCCUCUCCUCCACCUGAACCAGAACCAGUUCCCUCCAGCACACUGGGACUUCUCCAGGGGCCUGAACCAGAACCAGAACCAGAGCAGUGAUGCUCAGCGACAGAACGUCUACAGAAACUUCAUGCAGGAGCUGGAGACGGGCUGCAGCAGCGUGGUCGACCGGACCGAGCCGUCAGAGGAGGACGAUGAUGGAGAGGAGGAGAUGGAUGAGGAGGCAGGAGGAGAGCUGGAUGUUCUGUUGGAGAAAGAUCAGGGUGUGGUGCGGCGAGCAGGAUGGCUCUACUUCAAAGCUCUCAUCACCGUCAACAAGGACAGGAAGCUGGAGCUCGUCGCCCGCCGGAGGUGGAGGCGCUACUGGGUCACACUGAAAGGCUGCAGUCUGCUGUUUUAUGCGACAUUCGGGCGGAGCAGCGGCGGCGCCGAGCAGGAACUUUCUCCUCGGUACGCUCUGUUGGCGGAUGACAGCAUCGUCCAGGCCGUGCCCGAGCAUCCUCGCAGGGAGCACGUCUUCUGUCUGAGCAACUCGCAUGGAGAUGUCUACAUGUUCCAGGCCACUAACCAGACGGACCUGGAGAACUGGGUGACUGCAAUGCACUCGGCCAGCGCCGCCCUGCUGGCCAGGCGUCAGGGGAAGGAGGACACGCUGCGGCUGCUGCGCUGCCAGAGGCGCUCGCUGCUGCACAAGAUUGACAUGGAUGGGAAGAUGAAGAAGAUGGCCGAGCUGCAGCUGUCUAUCAUCAAGGACCAGAAGAAUCGGAGGGCGGUGGAGAGCCAGAUCCAGCAGUGGGAGCACAACCUGGAAAAACUGAACCUGGAUCUGUUUCGGCUAAGGUGUUACCUAUCCAGCCUGCAGGGCUCUGAGCUGCCGAACCCAAAGAGCCUCCUGGCCGUGGCCAGCCGUCCGUCGAAGGCCACGCUGGGUCGGCUGGGAGUCUUCUCCGUGUCCUCCUUCCAUGCUCUGGUGUGCAGUCGGGAGGAGGGAACGCUGCAACGGCGCUGUAGGUCAGUCUCAGGAGGAUCUGGCAGGAGAGGGCUGCCAUCCUCCCUGAAGUCUCUAACCAGACCGAACCAAGAUGGGAAACACUCGGACCACCAGGUUCUCCAUCAUCAUGUCUCUGCACCAUCUGUUCAGCUCGUUCCUGCUGUCUGCUGGUCAGAGACUUUGACCUGCGUGUCCAAACAACGGGAGGUGCUGCCCUCUGCAGGACAUGUGGCAAAACCGCAGCUGAGUGAGGAGCAGCAUCCUUCAACUGUUGGGGUCUUCAGUCUGCACAUCUGUCGACCCAACACAGACCAGGACUUUGGUUUUGCGGUGACGGGUCACGUGGACGGAGAGGGUAAUAGUCAUGUGUUCGUCAGUGAGGUUGAUCCUCUGGGACUGUCAGCCGGAGAAGGCCUCCUGGCCGGAGACGAGGUCCUCGCGGUGAACGGGUCUGCUGUGUCCGGACUGGACCUGGACCUCCUACAGACCCUCUUCAAACACCAGAAUCUCCAGCUACUGCUGAGCAGAGAUGAGCCUCCAGACCUCGAGGAGCCUACCGUCGUAUGGCCUGACCCCACUGACCCCACUGACCUCUGGGUCAAACAGUCGGCUCCCAACCACCUCCAUACCUGGACCGCAGAUGCCCCGCCUCCUGCUGGUGCUGGGACCUCCGUGGCGUCGACCCAGAAGUCACCUGAACAGAACACGGAACGGGUCUUCUCCUUGUACCAGACCUUCCCAGAGAGCAGAACGUCAGAUGUCGACGUUCCCAAAAAUCCGUACAGCAGAGCGGACAGUCUGCAGCACGCGAGCCCUGUCCACCUGGGCGUUUGUCAGCGCCUGCGGAAAGUCAUCCAGGAACUGGUCGACACAGAGAAGUCCUACGUCAAGGAUCUGGUCUGUCUGUUCGACGUCUACCUGACGCCGCUGCAGAGCGAGACCUUCCUCAGUAAAGACGAGAUGGAGGCGUUGUUCGGCAGUCUGCCGGAGAUGUUGGACUUCCAGAGAGUUUUUCUCCAAACGCUGGAGGAGAGAAUCUCCGCCUGUCCGAACUUCAGCAACUUGGAAACUCCUGAACAGUUUAAAAUGCUCCUCUUCUCAUUGGGUGGAUCCUUUCUUUAUUACGCCGACCACUUCAAGCUCUACAGCGGCUUCUGUGCCAACCACAUCAAAGUCCAGAAGGUUCUGGAGAGAGCAAAAACAGACGGAGCCUUCAAGCACUUCCUGGAGACGAGGAAUCCGACCAAUCAGCACUCGUCUUCUCUGGAGUCAUACCUGAUCAAACCUGUUCAGAGAGUCCUGAAGUACCCACUGCUGCUGAGAGAGCUGGUGUCCCUGACUGAUGCUGAGAGCCCCGAACACACACACCUGACAGAGGCGCUGAGAGCAAUGGAGAAGGUAGCAAGUCACAUCAAUGAGAUGCAGAAGAUCUACGAGGAUUAUGGUUGUGUGUUUGACCAGCUGGCAGCAGAGCAGAAUGGAGCUGACAAACAGGUAACAGAGAUCUCCAUGGGAGAGUUUCUGGUCCACUCGUCGGUGGUCUGGUUGAACCCUCUGCCAUGUCUGCGACGCCUGAGGAAGGAGCCUCAGCUCACGCUGUUCGUGUUCAAACGAGCCGUCAUUCUGGUUCAUCGUGAGAACAAAUUGAAGAAAAGGAUGACGAGCUCCCGCUCAGCUGAUCUGGACCCCUUCAGGUUCCGCUGGUUAAUCCCAGUUUCAGCCCUUCAGAUCCGACCGGGCAACAUCCCAGGUUCACAAGACCCGUGUGUGUGGGAGCUGGUUCAUAGCAGGUCAGAGGUGGAGGGUCGACCCGAGAUGGUCUUCCAGCUGUGCAGCAGUGAUUUGGAGACAAAGUCUGCUUUGCUGCGAGCUCUGACUUCCCUGCUCAAAGACCGAGCCCCUGGUUCCUCUCUGAGGAGAACCAAGCAGUCUACGGCUGAGAGGAGCAGCACCUGGAGGAGGAGGCAUAGACAAGGCCGCACUGACCUCCAGGGAAUAACUCCUCAUCCUUCAGAGGAGAGCUACAGACCAAACGGCCUCCUGGAUGAAACCUGCUCAGAACCUCUGCUGCCGAGCCACUCCGGAUCCUCAGGGAUGAGGCCCAGGCUCUGCUCGCUGACCGGUGAUCUGGAGGCUCAGCUGCAGCGCCUCAACUUUUCUGAGGAGGCUCAAGGAGCAAUGCGUCACGUGGACGAGGAGAAGAGGUGUAGCUCAAGUCUGCGACGGGGUCCUGAAGGUGAAGGACAGGACUUCAGCAACUUUGUGGGGAGAGACUUCAGCGUUCAGAGCAUGGCGUCCAUAAUCAACGAGGACUGCUUCUACGACUCGGUGCUGGGGAUCCAGACGGACAGCUUUACCCUGCUGACAUGAGCCUGAAGUCCCGAUGAUGGACUGAGAACAGAUCCAGGUCCUUCUGAUUGGCUGCGGCAGGAGAACACCUCCACCUGGUUUUUAACAGAAACCAGCAGAUGUUCCAGGUGCUGAAGCUCAACAAGGUCCUGAAUUCACAGAUGGGGAAUUUUCAUCAAACUGGAUCCAAUUUUGGAGUUUCUUUUUUCUUCGAUGUAGAAAAAUGUUGAAGUUUACAUGAAGUUGAGCAGCGUUUAAACGAAAAAAAACCCCAGAGUUUUAUAUACGAGAAAAAUGUUUAGAAAAGUUUUUUCUCUGAAUUCUCCUGAAUUUAGCAAAAUCAGACGUUUUAUUGGUGAAAAAAUCCUCAUAACUAAUUAUCAACUUAUAAUUUCCAGUAGACCUCUAAAAAAUUUAUUUUAUUACAUAAUUAGUUUUUGUCGUAAGAAUCAUCCUGAAGUUCUGGUCAGAUCCGAUGGAAAUUUGAUUGCAGUUUAAACAAAAAUACACUGAUACUCUCUACCAGUUUAACCAUUAAUAUCACUGGUUUUAGCUCCAAUUUUUAUCACAAAUUACAAAUUUCUCUUCUCAGAUGGCAAAAUAUAUUUAGUUGUUACAAUUCAAAUUUUUGUUUGUAAAGUAGUAUUUCUAAUCUAACAAAAUUUUUAGGAUUAUUUCCUUUUGUAAAAUACAAAAGUUUUAGAUCUUUGCUGCAGUAACUGGUUAUUUCAUAUGAAAUUAUUUAUUCAUAAAAUAUUUAUGGAAAAAACUGACUAAAGUCAAAACGUUUUGUGAAAAUAUUUCAUGUAUUAAUUCUCUAAAAUGUUUUAAAUCAUUUAAAACGUUUCUUCCCUUGAUUAAAUUCAUUUCUUGAACUGUUGUCUGAGAGCAGAACCUUUGAGAUCCAACAAACCGGCACCAUUAGGAAACCUGAAACGAAACCAAUAAUUAUUUUCAGACUUUCAGAUUUUUGUUUUUUUUCUGUCUUAAAUAUGAUACGUGAACUUUAUGGAAACAUCGCAGCCAUCACAUUUAAAAACAAAUAAACCAGAACGGGAAAAACUUGUUUUGUUUUUUUUUGCCUCAUAGACAAACUGGAAACCACUGAAGCAUUUUUAGUCAUGAUGGAUUUAUUUAUUUUAUUCUGGAAGGAGGAGAUUUAAUGAGAAACAUGUGAGAUGAUGGAGCUGAGCUUCAGUUUGUCGAGUUUAUAAGGACCCAAAGUGAAGUUCUCUCAUUGGAGAACUCGACGUGUUCUCCUGGAUCACCAGAAAGCUUCGAUUUUUCCAUUUUCCUGACUGAAACCAGCCAAAUGUUGGGGUUUGGAUCCAGCAUUUUUUAUAUUUUAUAAAUGGCUGUGUUGUUAAUAUCCUUCUGUGUACAGUUUAAGCUCCAGCUGUAAAUGGUCUUGUUUUAUUUGACAAAAGCGGUUUCUGGAUAAAACUCUAGAGCCGCUGCUCCAGAUUAAAGCCUUUUGUACGUCUGCCACCAUCUCUUAAUGUAUUUAUAUUGUGUUUAUUUCUAUUGAAAGUGACUGUUUCAUUAUGAAAUGAAAAAAGCUUUUGGUAAUUUAUUUUCUUAAAUAUUUGAGGACUUCUGUAAAUGAGGAGGUGCUGUUAAACACAGACAAACUGCAAAACAUUUCAAUAAAGAGGUUUUUGAUGCCAA